AUGCUAUUUGCAAUUGUAAAAUAAAUGUAGACCAUUGCUCUAAAUGAAAUAUCAUUUAGUACUUUGCUAGGGUUUAUGCCCAUUUUUUUAGAUAGAGUGCACGCAAAGAUAGAAAAUGAUGCCCAGCUGUAUUAUACACUAAUUAUUCAGCAAUCCGCAAGUCUUCCUGGGAUUUCUUUGUCAUCUUAUUUAAUAGAGACGAGAUUAGGACGAAAAUGAACUGUUUCUUUGUCAUUUUUAUUUAUGGGAUUAUCAAUUUUCUUGUUUUAUAGUGCUGUUAAUUAUCCAAUGUUAUUGGUAUUUUCAUCAAUACAGACUUGUUUUAAUUAUAUAGGAUAUUCUGCAUGGUAUGCAAUGGUUUCUGAGUUUUAUCCUACAGGAAUAAGAUCUGGAACACUUGGGUGGCUUAGUUUUUGUGAUAAAUUUUUCGGCUUAAUAGCAGUUUCUAUUAUAGGUGCGCUUUUGGGGCUUCCUGGUGGCUUAGAAAUAUCAAUUUUUAUCUGCUCAUUUUCUUGCAUUUGUUCAGGAAUAAUAAGUAUGUUUCUCCCAGAAACCAAAACAAUUAAUUUAUUAUAA